AUGGCAGAGAAGGUCAAUUUUGCACAAACAUGCAACCGCCUGAGCCAGUACUUGAAGGAGAAGAGAAGCCUGCAAGUCCCCACAACCAUGAACUUGUUGACCAACAUGGAGACCAGCCCAGCUGCUGAGACUCCAUCUUCAAAACCCAGUAUUGACUUGUUUCCACAGUUUGCUAAGAACCCGGAAGCAGUUUUGGCCAAUCAGCCUGGAUCUGCCCAAAUGACCAUCUUUUAUGGUGGCCAGGUGCUGGUUUUCAAUGAUCUUCAAGCAGAAAAGGCAAGAGAAAUCAUGGGUUUGGCUACCAAGGGAAGCUCCAAGAUUUAUUCUGGGUUUGUUUCUAAUGGUAUUGACAAAUUGGCUUCUGCCUCUAUGACCAAUAUGGUGGCUUCUGAGCCAAAUAUUGCAGCUAAUUCUCAGGACAUUCAGAAAGUUCAGCCUCAAGUUAUUGGUUCAGAUUUGCCAAUUGCAAGAAGAGCUUCACUUCACAAGUUUCUGGCCAAGAGGAAAGAAAGGGUGGCAGCCAUAGCACCAUACGAAGUGAACCACCAAAGAGCAUCUCCUUCCAAGUCUGAGGAAGAAAUGAGUUCAAGGGACCAAGUAGAAGGCCAGUCUUCAAAGCAGCUUGAACUCAGGCUAUAG